AUGAAAGCACUGAUUGACCGUAAUGUUGGUGAAGAUCCUCGCCUCGAGGCGUUCAAGAAGCAGUGGUUUGAAAACAAGGAUUGUCUCGAUAUUGGAUGCAACCAGGGUUUGGUAACGAUUGGCUUAGCCAUGAAAUUUAAUUGUCGAAGCAUUCUUGGAGUUGAUAUUGAUUCAGGUUUGAUUGAGACUGCUAAGUGGAACCUACGAAGGAUAAUGCGGCAGGAUAAGGUGGCUACAAAAAACGUGAAAGCUCAGGAAUUGUCAGAUUCUCCUUCUCAGAGCUCUCCAGGAGAAGUGGCAUCUGAGUUAUCAAAUGGGAACAGGCACCAAGAUCUUUUUAAAAUUGUCUCUUUUCGACGUGAAAAUUUUGUAGAGAGUAUGGAUGGAUGUUCAGAACAGUAUGACACCAUACUCUGUUUGAGUGUGACAAAAUGGAUCCACCUGAACUGGGGUGAUGAUGGCCUAGUUACUCUGUUCGUGAAGAUUUGGAGGCUUCUUAGACCGGGAGGUGUUUUUAUCAUGGAGCCUCAACCAUGGAGUUCAUAUAAGAAUAACAGAUUAGUUUCAGAGGUUGCCAAAGAGAACUUCAAUACCAUCUGUAUGUACCCAGAGACGUUUCGGGAGAUCCUUCUAGACAAGAUUGGAUUUAGGUCGGUAGAGUUGAUUGCGGACAGAUUGGUGGGUACCGUCAGUGGUUUCAACCGCCCAAUAGAAGUUUACCACAAAUGA